UGUGCUAUAUUUGUGAUUUUUCUCACUUCCUGGAACAGGAGGGCACUUACUCCGUGAGGACUCCAGCAUUGUUUCUGUAACCGUGUGAGAGAAGGACUGACCACGAAGCAUUGCCUGGUUGCAGGCCUGUCAGUAUGGGGAGGAUUGGCAUCUCCUGUCUUUUUCCUGCCUCUUGGCAUUUUAGCAUCUCUCCGGUAGGGUGUCCUCGAAUUCUGAAUACCAAUUUACGCCAGAUUAUUGUCAUCAGCGUUCUGGCUGCUGCUGUGUCACUUUUAUACUUCUCUGUUGUCAUCAUCCGAAAUAAGUAUGGGCGGCUUUCCAGAGACAAGAAAUUUCAAAGGUACUUGGCACGAGUCACCGACGUCGAAGCGACCGACACCAACAACCCCAGUGUGAACUACGGCAUCGUGGUGGACUGCGGCAGCAGCGGGUCUCGAGUAUUUGUCUAUUGCUGGCCGAGGCAUAAUGGCAAUCCUCAUGACCUGUUGGAUAUCAGACAAAUGAGGGAUAAAAACCGAAAGCCAGUGGUCAUGAAAAUCAAGCCUGGCAUUUCAGAAUUUGCUACCUCUCCAGAGAAAGUCAGUGAUUACAUUUCUCCGCUUCUGAACUUUGCCGCAGAGCACGUGCCACGGGCAAAACACAAAGAGACCCCUCUCUACAUUCUCUGCACAGCUGGAAUGAGAAUCCUCCCCGAAAGCCAGCAGAAAGCCAUUCUGGAAGACCUCCUGACUGAUAUUCCUGUGCACUUUGACUUUCUGUUUUCUGACUCUCAUGCAGAAGUAAUUUCAGGGAAACAAGAAGGUGUAUAUGCUUGGAUUGGCAUUAAUUUUGUCCUUGGACGAUUUGAGCAUAUUGAAGACGAUGAUGAGGCUGUCGUGGAAGUGAACAUUCCUGGUAGUGAAAGCAGUGAAGCCAUUAUCCGUAAAAGAACAGCGGGUAUUCUGGAUAUGGGAGGCGUGUCGACUCAGAUAGCAUAUGAAGUCCCCAAAACUGUAAGCUUUGCCACCUCACAGCAGGAGGAAAUAGCUAAAAACCUAUUAGCUGAGUUUAACUUGGGAUGUGAUGUCCACCGCACCGAGCACGUGUACCGAGUCUACGUAGCCACGUUCCUUGGGUUUGGUGGCAAUGCUGCCCGACAGAGAUAUGAAGACAGGAUAUUCGCCAAUACGCUUCAAAAGAACAGGUUCCUGGGUAAACAGACUGGGCUGACUCCCGAAGCUCCGUACCUGGAUCCAUGCCUACCCCUCGACAUUAGAGAUGAAAUCCAGCAAAAUGGACAGACCAUGUACCUACGGGGUACUGGAGACUUUGACCUGUGUCGAGAGACUAUCCAACCUUUCAUGAAUAAAACGAACGAGACACAGACUUCCCUCAAUGGGGUCUACCAGCCCCCAAUUCACUUCCAGAACAGUGAAUUCUAUGGCUUCUCCGAAUUCUACUAUUGCACCGAGGACGUGUUACGAAUGGGGGGAGACUACAAUGCUGCUAAAUUCACAAAAGCUGCCAAGGAUUAUUGUGCAACAAAGUGGUCGAUCUUGCGGGAACGCUUUGACAGAGGACUGUACGCCUCUCAUGCUGACCUCCAUCGGCUUAAGUAUCAGUGCUUCAAAUCUGCCUGGAUGUUCGAGGUAUUCCAUCGGGGCUUUUCGUUUCCUGUCAACUAUAAAAACUUAAAGACUGCCUUGCAAGUGUAUGACAAGGAGGUUCAGUGGACCCUGGGAGCGAUCCUUUAUAGGACCCGUUUUCUACCCUUAAGAGACAUCCAGCAGGAGGUGUUCCGGGCCAGUCACGCGCACUGGAGGGGCGUCUCCUUUGUCUACAACCACUACCUGUUCUCUGGCUGCUUCCUGGUGGUCCUGCUGUCCAUCCUCCUCUACCUGCUGCGGCUGCGGCGCAUUCACCGGCGCACGGCCCGGACCAGCUCGGCCGCGGUGCUGUGGAUGGAGGAAGGCCUCCCGUCCCAGAAGGCCUCCGGAACCUUAUGAACCAGACUUAGCCAGCUCCAGGAAGACUUUCUCAAGGAAAAGCCAUUUUUUUGCCUCAGGGUUUCACCUCUGUAUUCUCCUAUAGUUUGGUUUUAUUUUGUUUUCCUUUGUGUUCUUAAAACAAAAACAGAAUCUAUUGUUUGUAAGCCCCAUUGUCUUACUGGUAUUGCAUUUAGCCAUUUUGAGUACAGCUUUAAAGUGAGGAGGAAGGAAAGGGAAAUCCACUGGAUUUUUGCUGCCUAGCAUAUCUGCCAAAAAUUGCUGAGGUUUUAGGGGUUUCCUUAAGGUAUAUUAAAUUUUAAGCAAAUGCACUUUGAUAUUGGAGAGGAGUGGAAAAGAUGCUUCUGUCCAGCAGAGGUAGGACUGAAGAGUGGUACUUUUACAGAACCAAAAAACAUUAUUAACUGAAACUGUAUUUUUUUCCCCUCUAGCUUGAAAAUUCUAACCUAAAGAGGGUGAUGUUUAAAUUUUGUUUAUUGUUCAGGUCUGUCACUGUUCAUGUUUUCUUUACAGGUUUAAAAAUUCAAAGCCGUUUCUAUCCAAACUAGAGAAAUACUUAAAAUCGGUAAUGAAGAGACACCGAAAAUGAGAAAUAUUGACUAGAGCUUUGUGAAAGUGUGGUAAAAAAAAAAAUGCCCAUGAGACGAAUGAGAGCCUGCAGCGUUCUUUUAAAAACACACACUCCAAAAUUGACUGUUCCAUUUAAUUUGAUUUAGAAAAAUCCCCAUUGCUGUUGUUUUUUCCCCUGACCACAGGCUAUUAGUCUCUUUAUUCUAACUAUCAGUGGCCUUAGAACACUUUGUUUAGAAUUGGAAAAUUCUAAUAUUUCACUGUUUUAUGUUUUGGCUGGUGGGUACGUGUACUCAGCAGAGAGAGGGGGAGAGUAAGAAAGCACCUGCUCCCCAUGGGGCCAUGGUAACAGUGCAGUCCCUUCUCCAUCUCUUCCCUCGUCUGGGAUCUUGGGCAUGCACACACAGGCACCCAGAGUGUUUUUAAGCCACCAGGUCCAAACUCAAACAGUCCAGUCCGUUAUGUGGGAUCUGGCUGUCUUAACCAACCAGCCCAAGUGACCAGUUAAAACUGGAACUGGUGCCCCCCCUGAGCACUUGAGGAUUUUUAGGAGAAAGUUCUUGCUUAUUCUGCUCCAGUUUUGUCCACCUCAAAGGUGGUGUCCCCUCCUAAUUAGAAGCUACCUCAGCAGUUUUUGGGAGAUCCCAUGCUAGCCUGUGAAGUUCUCUCUCGUACUGCGGUAGCUCAGGCCAUAGUGGGCAAUGCCAUUGUAAAUCUAGACGAAGGGAAGAGUCUGAAUGUAAGAGAAGAAAUGAACUCACAUUCUGAAGGAAACAAAUCUGACAUUUCAAGCAAAAACUUGAAAAGGACAACUGGAUUGGCUUGUGUGACAGGGAUUGUUUCUCGCCUGCUCAUUUACUUUCACAGUUUGGGGAAUUCCCAUAGUUUUCAGGUAAUGUUCUUUUUGCGUAAGUGCGUGUGCACCCUGUGCUAUUUCCUAACUCCAGAACAAUGAAAUACAUGGAGUUGGUAGCAAAUGCUAUUUUUUGAGAACCAUUAGCUGCUAACUUUAAAAAUCACUGAUUAGAGAAAAAACUUAUAUUCCGCAGCCCUAUUAACUUGGGGGAAAAAAGUUGGGAGUCUAUCUUGUUGAUUACUUAAUAACAUGACAUCCUUACUGCAUAUUGAUGACUUAAAAGA